AUGAGCCCGAGCACCGACCGGGCGGAGACGACGGUUGAGGUGUACAACGCGGGGGACGCGCCAACGUCGACACAGUCCGAUUAUAUGUAUAUCGUGCGGUAUGCGCCUUCGAUCGAUGGCCUUUACAACGAGCCUACUGCUCGUCGCGUGGCCACCGCUCAGACCUCUGCUAAUACUUGA